AUGAACUUUGCUUUAGUUCAGAUUGAAAAGCUAUUAUCUAAUCAUGGUAAGAGUUUGAAGGACUAUCCUGAGAUGCCAACGGCCAAUUUUGGUGCGUUAAACAUUAUUGCAAAUAGGUUGAUUCAAGAAGAAUUAUCAUACGAUCGUGGAGAACAAGAGAAAGAGAAUCAAGAAUUGGUAAGGCAGUUAACAGACGAACAAAGGGCAAUAUACAAUGAAGUGUUAACUGACGUCGAUUGCCAGCAAGGUGGGUUAUUCUUCGUAUCUGGUUAUGGAGGGACAGGUAAGACUUUCUUGUGGCGAGCACUUUCUUCCGCAUUAAGGUCUAAGAGUCAAAUAGUUUUAAAUGUUGCUUCUAGCGGCAUAGCUUCGCUGUUAUUACCUGGUGGUCGUACGGCGCAUUCCAGAUUUGCUAUACCGAUAUCUGUUAAUGAAGAUUCCACGUGCAACAUAAGGAACGGCAGUGAACUGGCGGAACUUCUUGUGCAAACAAAGCUGAUAAUAUGGGACGAAGCCCCAAUGAUGCAUAAAUUCUGCUUUGAAGCUUUGGAUCGAACUAUGCGGGAUUUGAUGCGCUUCGUAAAUCCAAGGAGUUCUGAUAUGACAUUCGGUGGCAAAACAGUUGUUUUGGGUGGCGAUUUCAGGCAAAUUUUACCAGUCAUUCCAAGGGUACUAGACCUGAUAUAG